UACUUUAAGGUUACGUUUGAGAAACCAACAUUAAUUUUUUUUUUUGGUUACGUUGUUCGCCAUUCCCCUGUUCUCUCUCUCUCUCUCUCUAAUAGAAACCCUAAUCGCCAUGGUAGAUUCUCGUCGGAUUUCUGUUCAUCAAUCUCUUGGCGGUGGUGCAGUUGCUGAUGUGUUGUUGUGGAGGAGAUGGUGCGGAGGUGUUGUUCUGCUAGUGGGUUCUACGUCCCUGUGGAUCCUCUUUGAGCGGGCCGGUUACAAUCUCUUGUCUUUCGCCGCAAAUGUUCUAUUGCUUCUAGUUGCCGUCCUCUUCUUCUGGGGUAAAUCUGCUUCAUUACUCAAUAGACCUCUGCCUCCCCUUCCUGAUCUGGAAGUUUCUGAGGAAUCUGUUUUGAGAGCUGCCGAUGAAGCCAGAGUGUGGAUCAAUCAUGCAUUGUCGGUUGCACGUGACAUUGCAGUUGAGGGAAAUUUGAAAAUUUUUAUCCAGGUUGCAUUGGUCUUGUGGAUAAUUUCUUACAUUGGUAGUUUCUUCAACUUCCUUACUUUGGUCUAUGUUGGGGUUCUUCUUAGUCUGUCGGUCCCUGUGCUUUAUGAGAAGUACCAGGAUCAAAUUGACGAGAAGCUAAUUGUAGCUCAUAAGAUCAUUCAGACGCAGUUCAGGAAAAUUGAUGAUAAUAUCCUGAGAAAGCUUCCACUGCCUCUUAACAAGGAAAAGAAAACUCAAUAGGCCAAGUGCUGCUGUUUACUUGAUGCGUAAUAUCAACUAUGGUAAAUCAUCAGGAGCGGACUGACGUCCACUUGCUUGCACACUUUUUAGGAAGGAUUCAUUUCUUGCCUUCUUGAUAGGUUUUGGUUUUCUUCCACUAAUGAAAUGCUUCGAGGCGAGCUUGGUUUUGGUAUGAAACUCAAAAGGUUAUAUAUUUGUUGCAGAGUAGUUUCAUUUGAUUAUUUAAUGUGCUUCUCUGGAGUGUAUUCUUCUGCGGAGUGAGUCUCUUCAUGGAUUUUAGCUAUAUACAUACACUUCAAUAUUGUAAGUUUUGGUUUUGGUUUUGGUUUU